AUGUACUUUAACGUUAGAAUAUCUUUGAAAAUGUUGAGAGCUAUGGGAUUGAACCCAUUUUAUCAUCAUCGAAUUACAUCUAAAAUACUGUUUUAUUUCGGUUUAUUUGCUCUUUUAGCGAACCUCUACUUGGGCACUCUUUUAUUUAUUUAUGAAAAACAUUUAACUAUUGCUAAUGUUAUAACAUCUUUGGAGGCCAUUUUUUUAACAAUACAUGUUCUCGUAAAAUACACUGUUUUAUACAAAAACAGUCAUCUUAUCAGGUCAUUAAUUGAAGAUACUGAGUUAUUCUGGAGUCUUGAAGAAUCUUCUUCGGAAGAUGAGAAAAACAAUGCAUUGUCCUAUUUGACACGUUUCAAAUUGAUGUUCAUAUACUAUUUGAGUUUUGGUUCAUUUACAUCAAUGUUUUUUACUUUGAAUCCAAUACUAUCUGGUCAAAGAAUCUUACCUCUAACGUCCUACGUACCGGAGUAUCCUCCAUAUACUAUUCUUUUUAUUGUGGAAGAGUGCGCUUAUUGUGCCAUAUUUUUCCUCAUUAUACCAUUCGAUACUAUUGUUGGUAGCUUAACGAUACUAACGGCUAUGCAAUGGAAACUUUUGAAUGGAAGAUUUCAAGAAAUACUUAACAGAAUAGUGGAUACUCCCGAAGAUAAGGUUAUGUUACAAAAGGAGCUGGGAAAAUGCGUCGAUCAUCACAAUUUUUUAAUUAGAUACGUGUCGAGACUAAAUGAUGCCCUAUUUUUUGCUUUAGCUCCAUAUGUUUUGAUAAUCGUAGUUUCAAAUUGUUCCGAACUCUUUAUAAUUUCAUUGAGCCCACCAACACCGUUAUUGAUAAAAUGUAUUACAUACGUUAUUGCUCUACUUAAUGAAUAUAUAAUGUUCUACUGUAUACCCGGUCAAAUAUUAACAGUUGAGGCUGAAAAAACCGUACAAUAUAUAUUUGCUUCGAAAUGGUAUGCAAACUCAUCCUGUCUUAAAAAACCUAUAAUCAAUAUUGUUACGAUGAUGAGUAGGAGACAAAUUGGCAUAAAUGUUUCCAAAAUCAUGAAUUUGAACUUUGAAAAUAUGUUGAAGUCCUUUAGAAUGAUAAUAUCUUAUUACAUGUUUUUAAAAACUUUGGAGCUCAGCCGCAAUGAAGGUGAUUCCUGA